CGCUGCCGCCGGGGGUGGAGUGUCAGUGCUAGUUGCUAGCUCCAGGACUCACCGUCGUCUCUGUGCAGUUCCCCCCCUUCCAUUCCCAGUGGGCUUUUCUCGCAUUCCCAUGGGCGAGGGGGCGAAAACAACAACAACAACAUCAUCAUCAUCAUGUCCGCCUCGUUGGUGAGGGCAACCGUUAGGGCGGUCAGCAAAAGGAAGCUGCAAGCGACCCGUGCGGCGCUCACUUUGACACCCUCUGCUGUAAGUAAAGUAAAACAGCUUUUAGAUGACAAACCAGACCAUAUUGGCUUGAAAGUAGGAGUUCGUACAAGGGGCUGCAAUGGCUUAUCUUAUUACUUAGAAUAUGCAAAGUCCAAGGGGACAUCAGAUGAAGAAGUCACGCAAGAUGGAGUGAGAGUGUUCAUAGAGAAGAAAGCACAGCUAACUCUUUUAGGAACAGAAAUGGACUAUGUAGAAGAUAAACUCACCAGCGAGUUUAUUUUUAAUAACCCCAACAUUAAAGGAACUUGCGGCUGUGGAGAAAGCUUCAGCAUUUGAUACAAAAGGCUACGGCUUGCUUUUAACCUACAAAUAGGUUUUCCAUCAUAAAUGUUGCAUUGCAAAGCACUUUUUUUUUUCAGGCUCUCAGGCUUUUUCAGUUGUCCUUAACUUGAUUUGACCUAAUAAAGGUUUAAUUUGUUUUGUGAACAAAAAUGUUCUUUCAUGCAAUUUCUUUCUUGUAUCACUGGAGCCAUUAAUGAAA